AUGGCGUCUGUCGCAUCUGAAUAUAUUAGCGUGGGUGGAAAUCGCCACCCAGGAGCUGCGGACUGGGAUGUCCAGUCGGGUGUGCUCGCCUUCGGAGCGGACAACAAUGUCGCCUUGUGGGAGCCUCUAGACAAAUCUCACCGUGGUGUGUAUUCGCUCCUUGUUGGACAUUCCGACAAAGUCAGUGCGGUCAAAUUUUACACCUGCCCCUCAUCGGGGACGAGAAUACUUCUCACCGGUUCCGUCGAUCGCACAAUCCGAGGUUGGCAGCAAGAUGCCACUGAACCGCGCAGUUACAAACAUGCCUUUACUCUCGAAGGUCACACCGGGUCGGUCAAUGCGAUAGCUGUCACUGCCGGAACGAACAUUGUUGCAUCUGGAGCCGCCGACGGGACUGUCCGGGUUUGGAAAAUCAAUGCAAUGGAAUUGAAGGGCGAGAUGGUGGAAACAAUUACCAUGACACCUCGGUUCUUCCCAUUGUGCUUGUCUCUACAAGUACUUGAAGGUGACAAUCGCCCUCUGGUGCUGGCUGUAGCGGGAACUACAACGAAGGUGCAAGUAUACGUUACGGAAGAGUCUGUCGAUAAGCCAAACUUCCAACGCCGUGCCGUACUUGCAGGUCACGAAGCCUGGGUCAGAUCUCUCUCGUUUACACUGGAUAAAAAGAGCAACACCAAGGACAUCCUGCUUGCAUCAGCCAGUCAGGAUAAAUACAUUCGUCUAUGGCGAUUGCGCCAGGGUGAAGCAAACGCUCCUCUACCUAUCGAUGACGCCGAUCCUUUGCUGGGUGGCAUGGAGCCUACGCUGUCUAACAAAGCUCAUGAAUUUGAGGCAGCCGGCUUGAAGUAUUCCAUUACAUUUGAAGCACUUCUUUUCGGCAACGAGGACUGGAUUUACACGACUGCAUGGAACCCCGAUCCAACCAGAUUGCAGCUUCUCUCUGCCUCUGCGGAUAACACCGUUACCAUUUGGGAGCAGGACUCCAUAUCUGGAGUUUGGAUGUCGAUUGAAAGAAUGGGAGAAAUCAGUGUGCAAAAAGGAUCUACUACUGCAACUGGAAGUGCUGGCGGAUUUUGGAUUGGACUUUGGUCGCCAGAUGGAAAUCAAGUGGUAAGCUUGGGUCGCACAGGCAGUUGGCGUGUGUGGCAGCAUGACCUCGAAGCGGAUAUUUGGAUGCAGAAGUUUGGUAUUUCGGGUCACGUACGUGCAGCCAAUGGUGUACAGUGGGAUCCCAGCGGUGGCUAUUUGCUCUCAACCAGUGCAGAUCAAACCACCCGUCUUCAUGCCAAAUGGUUGCGCGAAGACAAAUCCUCAUGGCAUGAAUUCUCCCGCCCUCAAAUUCAUGGGUACGAUCUCAAUUGCAUUGAUACAUUGGGGCCGUCUCAGUUUGUGUCUGGUGCCGAUGAGAAACUUUUGCGGGUUUUCCGCGAGCCAAAGCAAAUUGCAGAUAUUCUCGGGAAGCUUACAGGUUUUGAACAAACCAUUGAGGGCGACCUACCAGAUACAGCCGAAAUUCCAGUUCUAGGCCUGUCGAACAAAGCUCAAGGAGAUGAAGCACCAGUGAACGAAGAUGAUGAGCUCAGUGGGGCGAAAGCAUCUGUACCCACAGUCAAUCUGAACACAGAUAGUCCGCCAUUGGAAGAUCAACUAGCCCGGUACACAUUAUGGCCCGAGCACGAAAAGCUCUAUGGUCAUGGUUAUGAAAUUUCAGCGGUGGCCGUAAGCCACGACCGCAAGCUCAUUGCCACUGCCUGCAAAGCCACUAGUAUCGAUCACGCAGUUAUUCGACUAUAUGAUACAUCGGACUGGCAUGAGAUCAAGCCUUCUCUCACCGCACACUCUUUAACCAUCACCGAUCUCUCGUUUUCCGAAGACGACCAAUAUUUGCUGAGCGUAGGCCGAGACCGACAAUGGGCCGUUUUUGCACGGAGCGAACAAGACCCAACCACAUUCACCAGCUUUAGCUCGAAUCCCAAGGGUCAUUCUCGAAUGAUUCUGGGAGCUGCUUGGGCUCCAGGGACCACAGACCACGUCUUUGCCACCGCGGGACGAGACAAAUCCGUCAAGAUUUGGCAAAGGACUGACGAUACCUUUACUUGCAAGACUGUCCUUGCCUUAACAUCCGCUGUCUCAGCAAUCUCUCUAUUGGCUGCUCCAUACAGAAACUCUUUCAUUUUGGCCGCGGGAGAAGAUAGUGGUGCCGUCUCUAUCCAUCGAAUCAACAUCGAUACUCUGGAAGCACAGCUUGUUGUGGCUAUUGACCAGACCAUAACACCAUCCAAGGCGAUCACACAACUGUCAUGGCGACCCGUGUUGGCCGGAGAAACCGAUACCAAAACUCAGUUUGAGCUUGCCGUGGGCAGUGAAGACACCUCCACACGGAUAUACGCCAUUUCAAACAUGGCAGUGUAA